AUGGGCAUCCCUGUGCCUCAGCGAUCCGACGAGAUGGCAACGAUGCCAGCAGCGAUCGCACCGACUCCACCUGCGCCUGCACCGUCCUCGCCGCACGACGGGCCUGCCGCCAUGGGCGCUCUCGGCCUGCUUCGCCUCUUCUCCAUCUGGCCGCCACAGCAGAAGGCGGCCCCGGCGUGCCCGUCCCAGGAACGGCACGACGCGCCGGCCCAUUCCAUGCAUGCUGGCUCUCCAGGGUCGGAGGGUGCGGCGGCGGAAGAGAGGGAAGCCAUGGAAUCCGCCACGUCACUCGGAAGUAGGGAGGAGAUGGGGCAAGGCAUUUCGGGUGCCGUGGCGUGCACAGCGAUGGCCACAGACGACAAUGCGACCGCAGAGCCAGCAGCGCUCGGAGAACAAUCGCUCGAGCAGCAGCCCGUGCAAUCGCCGUCGCACGGCAGCGCGACUUGUUGCGCGGAUCCCGCCGCGUGUGCCCCGUUGGAGCGCCCCUUCUCCCCCACGUGCGUGCUCGACCCGCCCGACUGGGCGACCGUGGCGGGCCUCGACAGCCUGCAGCUGCCGGCGCUGCAGCGACUCGCGUCGCACGGCGUCAUUUGGAAGCACCCUGCGACGCCGGCCCUGCGACGAUUCACGCUGCACUACGGCGGCGAGGUGGACGCGGACGGCAACUGCCUCUUCGCCGCGCUCAACCGCCUCGUACCGCAUCCCGACGGCGCGGCGGGCCUGCGGCGGAGAGCGGUGCGGCGGUUUAUGAAGGAGUACGAGGCGGGCGUUGUGGAGCGCGCGCGCGUGGACGCGGCGGUGCGGCACCUGUACGCGCCGGACGUGGGCGUGGGGUGGGGCGUGCACGUGGUGCAGGAGGUGAAGCUGCUGGCGCCUCGCGCGCAGCGCGCCGAGCUCAUGGCGGCCGUGGGGCAGCUCGUUGACUGCGGCAUGUCAAGGAACCACGCGGUAGAGAUGGUCGCGAGGGACCGCUGCCUGCCCGUCGACUGCGCGCGCCGCUGGGCGCACUACAUGUCGCUCGGCGCGCCACUGCUGCCCGCCAGCGCAGCGGACUCCUCGGGGGAGUGCGCGGGGGUGGCGGAGUGGGAGGCGGAGCGCGAGGCGGCGGGCGGGCACGACGUGGUGUCGCUGCAGUACGCGCAGGACGGCCUGCUCUCCGCCUCCGCCUCCUGGGACUUUCCGCCACCCGCCCUCUGCGCGGAGCGGGACGCGGGUGCGCUGGAAGCGGCGGCGGGCGGGGGUGGCGGAAUGGCGGCGUUUGGCGACGACAUGGCGAUCGAGAUGCUGGCGACGGAGCUCGCCCGCGAGAUCAUCGUGGUGCAGGCGCACGGGCACGACGCGAUGGUGGACGAGCAGUCGGCGCUCUUCUUCCUGCCGCACGCCCCCAGGGGCGCGCCGCUCUCCGUCGCGCACCCGCCGCUCUUCCUGCUCAUGAAAGGCACAGCGUGGUGCGGGGCGGGUGGCGACCACUAUGAGGCCAUGGUGGCCGUGGACCAGGGCGAGGUGCCCAAAGGGGACGCGCAGGGGGCGUGCGGCGCCGUCGUGCUGUGA